UGUCCCGCCUUUAUCUCCUCCCUUCCCAUCCCCCCUAAUAAUCAGUUCUUUUAUCCAGACCAACAAACACACCAUAGGAGCUUUGUGGAUUCAAAGGAUUUGCUUUCGCUUCUGAAAGAGCCGCUAUUCUUUGAUGAUUGGGUAGCGGCAAACUUCAAAGCCAUAAAUCUUCCCUCUGACUGGCUGGCGGCCCAGCAAAGUCCUUAUCAAAUUCUUGGAGGUGAUCCUGAAGCGCUCAGACCGCGAGCAGGGCAAGCGAGCCGGGUACCGCAAGGGGCGCGGGCGGGGAGGGCCCCAGUACGCAGAGCGGGCGCCGGCGAGGGACUCUGGGCGGCUAUUCGUCCUCGCCUUCGGGUCUCCAUGCCUCGGCUGCGCCCUGCUCCGCAGCCAACGGCCCUCAAUCUGUAGCCAUGGCCGCCGUGGCGGUCCUCCGGAACGACUCGCUGCAGGCCUUCCUCCAGGACCGCACCCCCAGCGCCUCCCCGGACCUGGGCAAGCACUCGCCCCUGGCGCUGCUUGCCGCCACCUGUAGCCGUAUCGGCCAGCCGGGCGCCGCGGCGCCCCCGGACUUCCUGCAGGUGCCCUACGACCCCGCGCUGGGCUCGCCCUCCAGGCUCUUUCACCCGUGGACCGCCGACAUGCCGGCUCACUCGCCAGGCGCGCUGCCACCCCCACACCCCAGCCUGGGGCUGACGCCGCAGAAAACGCACCUGCAGCCGUCCUUUGGGGCGGCGCACGAGCUCCCGCUCACCCCACCUGCCGACCCCUCGUACCCCUACGAAUUCUCACCGGUCAAGAUGCUGCCCUCGAGCAUGGCGGCGCUGCCAGCCAGCUGCGCGCCUGCCUACGUGCCCUACGCGGCCCAGGCCGCGCUGCCGCCGGGCUAUUCCAAUUUGCUGCCCCCGCCGCCGCCGCCGCCGCCGCCGCCGCCGCCCACGUGCCGCCAGCUGUCCCCCAAUCCGGCCCCAGACGACCUCCCAUGGUGGAGUAUCCCGCAGGCGGGCACCGGUCCGGGAACCUCCGGGGUUCCGGGGGGCAGCCUCUCCGGCGCUUGUGCCGGGGGCGCUCACGCUCCCCGCUUUCCCGCCUCCGCGGCCGCUGCCGCCGCCGCCGCCGCCGCCGCCCUUCAGCGGGGCCUGGUGUUAGGCCCGUCGGACUUCGCGCAGUACCAGAGCCAGAUCGCGGCGCUGCUGCAGACCAAGGCCCCCCUGGCGGCCACGGCCAGGAGGUGCCGCCGCUGCCGCUGCCCCAACUGCCAGGCGGCGGGCGGCGCCCCCGAGGCAGAGCCGGGCAAGAAGAAGCAGCAUGUGUGCCACGUGCCCGGCUGCGGCAAGGUGUACGGCAAGACGUCGCACCUGAAGGCGCACCUGCGUUGGCACACGGGCGAGCGGCCCUUCGUGUGCAACUGGCUCUUCUGCGGUAAGAGUUUCACACGCUCGGACGAGCUGCAGCGGCACCUGCGGACUCACACCGGCGAGAAGCGCUUCUCCUGCCCAGAGUGCGGCAAGCGCUUCAUGCGCAGCGACCAUCUCGCCAAGCACGUCAAGACGCACCAGAAUAAGAAGCUCAAAGUUGCUGAGGCUGGGGUCAAGCGGGAGGACGCUCGGGACCUGUGAGCCCGCCCACGGGACGCUCGAGGCUUGUGCAGCCUCGGACUCUCUUCCCAGCGCCUCUUCGGGGAGAUUCCAGAGGCCUAUGGGCAGCUGGCCUGCGGGGAGACCCAACACAGGCACUUGCCCCCUACCUGCUGCCCGCCACCCACCCCACCCCUAAAGUGACACCAGGCUCCCAGCUUCCCUGGCAUGGCCCGCGGACAGGGACCCUGUGGCCAGGAGGAGCAGGGGAGGUAGGGUUGAGAGCUCUGCGUAACACAAGGGUGGUUUCAAGCUCUGAACCAUUCUUACCAUCUGUGAGACCUACAUACAGUUUUGGGGGACCACCCUGAGCUGACCUUGUAUAUAGGAAACGCUGCUGAAUUAAAGCGGAAAGACCUUGGAAGAGUUGAAAUAGUGCUGGGUGUUUUGCUAAGACGGGGCCGGGCUUUGUACAGGUUAUUUAAUAGCUUUGUUUAAAAAUAAUUAUAAUAUUAAUAAAAAUGUUCCUUUUGUCCUCAGCUCCUUGCAGAGCUACCGCAUGAAAUGUCUCUGUAAAACAAUCAGCAGUUGCAGCGAGAAAAUAAAUACGUUAAC